UAGCUGUGUCAUGCCGUCCACUUGCCAAACAGUUUUGUCCUAUUCACUAGUUGAUUAGUCAUCCGAGUCGCAUCGUCCAACAUGAUGCUGAAGUCGGUCAUGAUUACUCUUUUCUUGGUUGCCCAGGUAGCGCUGGGCCUACCCAGGCAAACCAUCACAUUGCAACCUUACGCCAUCGAGCCGGGAUCGCUAACUGUUUCCGGUAUCUCCGCCGGCGCAGCAAUGGCCAGUCAGUUUCACGUAGCGUUCUCCAAGGACGUCAAUGGCGUCGGCAUCUUUGCAGGAAUACCGUACGGCUGCGCCAAGAGCACGCUGGCCGGUGCGCUCAAUUGCAUGAGCUCGCCGUUCCUGACGUCCGUUCCCACGCUGAUUUCACGGGCCGACGGCUACGCCCAGCAGGGCACCAUCGACCCGACGUCGAAUUUGGCCGGCGACAAAGUCUACGUCUUCCACGGCACCCGAGACUCGACGGUGAACAACAAAAACGGCGAGCAGAUCGUCACCUUCUACGAGAAUUACCUGUCGUCCUCCGACAUCACCACCGAAUUCACCAUCGCCGCCGAACAUUGCCAGCCGACUGAUAAUUUCGGCGGGGUGUGCAACAAGCAGAAUUCGGCCAAUUACAUCAACGAUUGCGACUACCGCGGGGCUUAUUUGGCGUUGAAUCAUUUCUACGGCGGAAAUCUGGAGCCCGGAACGACGACCACCGCUCCGGACUCGAAUUUGUUCCUGUUCGAUCAGGCGGAAUUCUUCGGCGGAAGACCCGGAAGCUAUUCGAUGGACUCGACAGGUUACGUCUACAUUCCCACGAUGUGCCAGGACCCGACCAGAUACUGCAAACUCCACGUCGUCCUCCACGGCUGUCUACAGAGCAGCAAAGAGAUUGGCGACGUGUUUGUUAAAAACGCCGGUUACCUGGAAGUGGCCGAAGCCAACGGAAUUAUCCUCCUGUUCCCGCAAGCCGUUGCCACGGCCGUCAGCAACCCAAACAGUUGCUUCGAUUGGUGGGGAUAUGCCGACAAUAAUUACGAAGUCCAAAGCGGAGUCCAAAUGGACGCCAUCUACCAAAUGGUCAAGAGGCUGGGCCUCUAAAAUCUUUUCAUUUUAAAAUCAUAGCGAACCGCAAUCAAAUACACAAAAAUGUCUAAUGUAA